AUGGAAUUGGUGAAGGUUUUGGGAAAGGGUACUUACGGAUCCGUCGAACUCUACAGAUACAAACAGAAGGACGGAUCAGUGAUCUACAACGCAGUGAAGAUCAUCGACUCUGAGAACUAUGGUACGCUCGACCAAGAGUUUCGAGUUCUUUCGGAACUCAGAGGAUCUCCUUGCAUCAUUCAGUUGUGUGGUAACUCCCUCGUCCAAGGAACCGAUUGCAAUGGAGCCAAAGUUUACAAGAUGUCGAUGGAGUACGCAGCUGCUGGUACUUUAUCUAAUUUCAUUCAAAGAAACAGAACCAAGUUGUCUCAUUCGGUUAUCAAAGACUUCACUCGCAUGAUUCUACAAGGAUUGGUCUCCAUUCAUGGUCACGGUUAUGUCCAUUGUGAUCUUAAACCGGAUAAUCUCCUUCUUUUUCCGAUUUACGAUAAAGAAACGUGGAACUGUUCUUACCAACUCAAGAUUUCGGAUUUUGGAUUGACGACAAGGGCCGGAGACGAAUCUGACUGCUGGAGAGCCCAUGAACCGUGGGUGGGAACGGCUAUCUACAUGUCUCCGGAGUCUGUCCGCGACGGCACCACCGUUGAGAAAACCCUAGAUUUGUGGUCACUUGGUUGCAUAGUGCUGGAGAUGCUUACCAGUAAGCAGACAUGGUCAGGGCUUGGUAUAGAUGCUGUUAAGGCUCUUUUGUUGGAUGAAGAGGCACCAAAGAUUCCAGAGACUGUGCCGUGUGAUGCAAGACAGUUUUUGGAGAAGUGUUUCGCAAGAAAACCUGAGGAGAGAGGAUCAGCUUCGGAGUUGUUGUUGCAUCCGUUUUUGACCGGAGAUGAGAAGAUGGGUUCUGCUGCCGCCGCCCCCGGAGAGAGGACGGGGAUGGUGUUGAGGCUUAGAAACCCUCCGCCGAUAUCGAAAGAUAUUCCUACGAAGCCACUGAAGUUGAAGGUUAUUUCACAAAAGCCCCAACAAUUUAAGAAAGUCUCAAAUAAACCCCGAAAGGUGAAGAUUCUUCCUCCGAGACCCCCAAGAUCCGAUUUUGUUCCCGUUCAAUAG